AUGGGAAGUCCAGGCUGUGAACACACGGGCUGCACUGCACACUCGCCUCUCUACAUCAGCCACCCCAACACUGACACCAGGAUGGCCUGGCUGGAUGAGGCGGAGGACAUCAAACCACCCCGUAGCUUGCUGGGGCUGCCUGAGCUCAGCUGGCCAGGGGUCUACCUCCCCUGCUAUGACAGAUUAGUUAUAGAAGAGAACCCCAGGGUGCUGAGGAUGACGGAGGCCCCAGCUCCUGCUGCUUCUCCCUACAGGACUCUGGAGCAGAGCCCAGCCAAACCCAGCCAAGCCCAAGGUUCCCCCUCUGAGAUGGAGGGUCAGGUGGAGGAGCGGUGUCUGGAGCAGGUCCAGACCAUGGUAGUUGGAGAAGUGCUGAAAGAUGUUGACACUGCAUGCAAACUGCUCAACAUUUCCCCAGAUCCCUUGGAUUGGAGCUCUCUACACCUUCAGAAGUGGCUACUCUGGACUGAGCACCUGUACAGGCUGCCACAGGUCAGCACGAUGUUUCAGGAGCUGACCGGGAGGGAUCUGUGCUCCAUGACAGAAGCAGACUUCCGACAACGCUCCUCUCAGUUUGGAGACGUGCUGUAUGCUCAUCUGGACAUCUGGAAAUCUGCUGCAGCAAUGAAGGAACGCUGCCCACCAGAAGACAGCAAAUCUGCAGCUGAUGAUGACUCCUGGUCAGGUGUGAUGUGUAACUACCCCAGCCAGCCUAUCCACCUGUGGCAGUUCCUCCGAGAGCUGCUCCUCAAGCCACAUAACUACAGCUGCUGCAUCCGCUGGCUUAACAAGGAGAAAGGGAUUUUCAAAAUAGAAGACUCCGCUCACGUGGCCAGGCUAUGGGGCAUUAGGAAAAACCGCCCAGCCAUGAACUAUGACAAACUGAGUCGCUCCAUUCGCCAGUACUACAAGAAAGGCAUCAUUCGAAAGCCUGAUGUAUCCCGCAGAUUGGUCUACCAGUUCGUCAACCCUGUAUGAUGAAGAGGAGGAACCAAAGAUAUGCUGGACAUACAGUAGGAGUGACAUGAACUCUGAAGCUUGUUUGCUCAUUGUAUAUGCCUUUUUAUUUCAAUUGUAAA